GUAAAGUAUAAAAAGGUUCAAUGGCCUGUCAAGACCAUGAAGGGAAGCAGAAGAUUAUGGUGUGUGCAUCCUGUAACAUUGCUGUGUGUGAAAUAUGUAUAGAAACCAGACACUAUGGACACAGACUUAACACCCUCAAAACAGCAGCCAACACUGUUGUCAGUGAUCUCAAAAAACUGACUGAAAACCCAUGUUUUACCACACUGGAGAAAGAUCUUGGGGAUUUGUCCACAUUACGAAGAAGGGAAAGUGAGAAAGCUGUCAAAACAAAGCAAGAACUUCUGGACAGACGAGAUGAACUCAAACAAGUACUGGAUGAGGUGACAGAAACAGCUGUGACGAAACUAGACCAGCACAAUGAAAAUCUGUUCAAGGAAUUAGAUGAAGCCAAAGACAAAGCCAUGGAACAAUCACAAAAAGUUAGUGAUUUUAAGAGUGAAGUCGAAAGGCUACAGUCUUCUCAGAAUUAUCUGAAAGUUGUGGAAGAGGGAAUGAAAAUUCAAACUCCAGAAAUUUCUCCAUUGGUGUUCCCCAGAGUAUCCAGACUUAUAUUCCAGUCAGCUAUGUCAGGGUAUGCAACUAACAUAGAGAUGUUGUUUGGGGAGCUGGUACAGCAGGACUUGUAUGCUCUGACCACCUUCCACCCAGACGGUGCAUUUUAUACACCUGUGUUAGGACACUACAAUCCAAACCCUUCACCUAUGUCUAGUAUCUGUAGCGUUGACCUAUUUGGGGAUGGACCUGACGGAGCCAUUUCAAACCACACACAACAAACUGAUUCAACAGAAGUACCUACACAUCUCAAAUUAACACAGAAUGCUCAAAGUUUCAAAUGUGAUGUGAUACUCACACAUAAAUGUUCAUUUAAACUUCAUUCUUGUCCAAAGGUGAUGAAACCAACAGCAGAAUGUUACUGUUGGAUCAGACAUAUUGAAGGUGUGAACACAAUUACACUUGUCUCUACAAAUGGUGAUGUUAUGAAGAGUGUGACCUGCACCACGAAAGUAUAUGACAUUUUGUCGUUACCAAACCAACUCUUAUUUACCACUAACAAGAAGUGUAUCAGGCAGAUGGCGAUGGAAAAAGGUAAAUAUACACUUUCCAGCUCUAAAUGGAUUGAUACAGAUUCGUUUACUCCUCACUGUAUGUGUGUGACAUCGAAUGGCGAUAUCCUAGUGACAAUGACAGACAAAACAUCCUGGUCUAUAGACCCCAACUCUACAUCAGUACUGGUCAAGUACAGCAGCAAAGGAACGGAACUGGCUAGAGCUCACAAGGAUGGACAUGGUCAAGACCUGUUCUUUGUUCCAACUAACAUUAGCACCAGUAACACAGGCACAGUAGCUGUCGUUAAUAUUACCGGCCUAGUUCCACAAGCAAGUCAUUUGAUGGUGUUAAAUAACAGCCUUAAUCUGACACACAGAUACAUUUGGCAUGGAUUAACAGUUCCUGCUGAAGAACAGCUACCUGAACUAACAGAAAAGUUCAGAAUUACGCAUGUGUUGUUCAACCACCUCGGCCUCUUAAUAAUCUCUGAGUUAUACUCGCGGACAGUGCAGCUGUUAGAUCCCAAGUGUAACCUGCUGAAGGUUUUGGUUACUGAUCUCCAUGAUUCCCCAUGUUCUCUUGCUCUGCAUGCUGAUGGGGAUAUGUGGGUGGGUUUACAGGAUGGAACAGUUAAUGUGUACAAACACACAUGUGACUUUACAUCUGAGGAGCCAUAACAAAUCCAAAUACGAUAGGAAAACAUGUACAGCAGUUACCUUAGACUUAGAACACCUGUGGGUUUGUCAGAGAAAUCAUCACGUCAGAAGCUAUUAGUUGUCCGUUCUAAUAUUGUUUGCUGAGCUCAUCAAAAUGUUAUACAGAUAACAGAGUGCAUAGUUGUUAAUUCACAACAAAAGAGUGUUACUGUGUGCUACGCUUUGGUCAUAAAAAUGUAUAUAUGACAUAAAUAUCAUAUUCUCAACAAGAUAUGUUGUUAAUCAUAAAUUAUCUCAAUAUAUAGUAGUAGUAGAUAUGUAGUCAAUAACUAUGUUGUCAAUAAGAUAUGCAAUCGGUUAGUAAUAUGUUGCCAAUGAUGAUGUUUGUUGUAGUAAACAUAACUUCAUCUCCACUGAAUACCACUAUGAUCAUCACCUUGUCUAAUGUCUUAGAGUAUAUGUAGUGGCAUUUGUAGAAUGUCGGUCAGAUCAAUGCUAUAGCAAUGCUUUGGGAAACUGGUUAUGGGGUAAAUUGAAACUUGGAUGCAAUGGAUGGAGGGUUG